AUGAAUUCGACCUCCCCGCGCUAUUCCCCAACGCCGCCUGCACCCAACCUUGGUGAUUUUGGCACAUUGUUGCGUUAUCUGGAGUCGGAAAAACAGAAAUGGCUAGCUAUAGAUCCUUCAGCUGACAUAUCGAGCUUAUUUCCCACAUCUUCCUCCAACCCCCCUCAGUUACCACACUCUUCGUCCUCAGAAUACUCCUCAGAAGAGGAAAUGAUAGAACGAACAAUAAAAGCUGUACAGAAGAGGGUUAGAGUAUUACUUCACCCUUCAGACGAUAUAAGUAGCGGUAACGAGAAGGAGAAAAGAGAAGUCGUCCACUUUACACCAUCAUGUUCGCAAGCAGUCAUCUCGUCUCAGAAACAAAAACAAAAACCCAAACCACCAUUACCUACUCCCUCUUCGGGAAACUCAACACAGAUUCCUAUUCCAAUUCAAUUGUCGACAGAUCCCAUUCACGUAUUCAUCGAUAAUUCAAACAUUCUCAUGGGAUUCUAUUCUUAUUACCGCGGACAACUCGCGAGAAAUUCUAAAUCACGAAAAGCGGCCGGCGAUAAUGUAAAUACGGAAGCGCAAAUUCAACCAAGGUUGUCCUACGAUGCCCUAUUCACAAUUCUCGAGCGCGGCCGCAAUGUAACGCGCAAAGUCCUCGUAGCCUCUAGUCCGCUUUAUCAAGACUUGACAGAAGCCGAAGCGACCGGUUACGAAGUCUCCGUAUUAGAACGGAUUGUGAAGUCCAACUCAGACGAGACGCAUGACACUCGUCGUCGCGGACAGUAUACUUCCAUUGAACGAGAGCAAUGUGUGGACGAACUUUUGCACUUGAAGAUUCUUCAAAGUUUAUUAGAAUAUCACCCACCCGCAACAUUGGUGCUGGCAUCGGGGGAUGGGAAUGACGGAGAGUAUUUCCAAGGCGGUUUUAGAAAAUGUGUCGUCAUGGCGUUAAACAGAGGCUGGAAGGUCGAGAUUAUCUCUUGGCAACAUCAGUUGAGUCAUAAUUUCUUGCAGCCAAAGUUCUUGCACAAGUGGAAGGGGUUGUAUCAUGUCGUGUUUUUGGAUUGGUUUGCUAAAGAGUUGGGAUGUACUUACUGA